UUGUGGCUGGAGGAGGGAGCAGGGACCGCGGAGAAGUUACCGACUGUACGGGACUAUUUUGUUGUUUAAAUCAACUUUGUUGUUUAAAUCGACCCGAUUAUCAGUUGAGUCAGCAUUGUUGGAUGUGCAUGGUGUGAAAGCCCCGCAGUUUUUUUUUCUUUCGUGAUUUCAUCCAUCACCAGCAUCGUGCGCGUCAGUGCGCCUCAGUGACCCGCAGACGUCUCCUCUCUGUCGGAUCAUGUGGAUUAUUUUGGCUUUCGUUCUUGCAGCCGCCGGUCCCGAUGGGAGCUGGGGAUGUCAACUGCCUCACGACUGGAGACCGCAGACAGAAGCGUGCCGUGCCGAGCUGGCGGAGAUCAUAGUCUUUGCCAAGGUGUUGGCGCUGCACAAAGAGUCUUACAGCGUGUAUAACUACCUGCCCUGGCAGCACGACACCGACCUGCUCUUCUCCGCCGAGAUCGAGCUGCUGUGCGAUCAGGCGUGGGGCAGCAUGCUGGAGGUCCCCGCUGGCUCCAGGUUCAAUGUCACCGGCCUGGGUUACUUCCCCUGCUUCUCUUACAGUGUCACCAAAAACAACAACUACUACUUCUUCCUAAGGAUGGAUGAGAACUACAACAUUGUCCCUCAUGGAGUGAACUUCCAGGACGCAAUCUUCCCUGACACUGCAGAUAACCAUCGCAUGUUUGCCAGCCUCUUCCAGUUUUCCAACUGCACACCAGGCACUCAGGUCCAUAGCUUCACCCCAGAGUGGGAGGCCCAGGAGGACAGCAGGUUGUUGUGCUCCACGGUGCAGAAGGCUCUGUUCGAGGAGGAAGAGAGGGUGAGGACUCUCUCCCAGAAGGUGCGCACCUUGGAGAAAGCCAACGGCCACCUGAGGGAAAAGGUGAAGACCAUGAAACGUCAGUUGCGCCAGGCCCAACGAGAAACCACAAAGGAGCAACAGACCCUCAGCCUCAAACAGAUCUACGAGUCGAAGACGCCCCAGACGCACCCGGAUCAGGACACCACCCAGGACCAGAAAGAUCCUCCUCUUAAAAAGGUCCUUUCAAAGAAGCUAAAAAACUAGACCUGUUUGGUUUUUUUUUUCUAUUGUUGUAUGUAAACCUACUUUCGCUUCCUAUGAAGCAUCAGCGACAAAGCAGAGUGAAAGGUUAGUGAGUGAAAGGCAGGGGGAGGCGACAGCAACAGAUUUCAAAAAUAACAAAAUUCAAGAAACAAGCAAAGUACAACCAAAUUUAGAUUUAUUUCCUGGUAAAAUUGGGCUGUGCCACUGAGACUGUCAGCUACAAAGGGACCAUUCAUGCCCAUUUCCUUAUCUAUAUACUUUGAAGAACUUUGUGUUUGUGUGUGUGUGUAUGUGUGGUGGGGGGUAUCACUUGACCUAUUUUGUGUCCUCAGAUGAACUAAAGUGAAGGAUUAACUGCCUCUGAGAUAAAGGAUUUGAAAGGUUUCACAGGAGGAAGAGAUCUUUAUCUAAAUCUCCUUAACUCGUAUUUCACUCCAUUAGUCCAAUAUGAUCAUUCUUUCUGAGUUACUGUUGCUGUCACCAGGUUUAAGCCCCAAGUUUUACCUGCCUCCAUGAUUUUAAUCCAGUGGCAGCACAAUCAUUUUCAGAACACUUCACAGUACAUAGCUCACGGCUCAAAUAGCUACAUAGCUCAUAGCUGACAGACGCACUGUUGGAACAAUAUGGGGACCAUGUUAAAGCAUUGGAAACUGAAGAUCUCUUUUGUUUUUUUUUUUUGUCUGUGCUGGACACAUUAUGCAUUGUAUGAAUACUAGGAUUACAUUUCUUAUUUCAGAAAUAAUGAAAUAAUUCAUCAAAAUGUUCCAGAUAUGCUGUACUCGUGGAGGAAUUUGUCUCAUCAGACUGGAUGGAGUUUAUCAUUUACAAUUUCUACUGUAAGAAGAUGAGUCAAAAUCAGACUGGGGAUCAAAAGUUAAAGGGACACAAAUAAGUAGUUCUUAAUUGCAUUGAGUGUAAUAAAGUACAGAAUUUACCAGUCGUGAGCAUUCAAAAUCUUGUAUGUGGAAAUGCACAAUGCUUUGACUUUGUAUAUGAGGGAAUAAAUACAAACAGCAGCUGCGUCAAAGUUUAAAAGCUGUAAGACCCGUGGUUACGUCAUCAUUCUUUUCCACCUUUGCCUGCUUUUCAUUUACAUCUUUGAUCUAUUUAUUCCCUAAGUAACUAUCCCGAAGUUUAGUGAUUCUUUAAAUUCAGUGAAUUGUUUCCCAAGAGUGUCUCUUUUCAAAAGUUCUCCUUAAUGCAGGUCCUUUCACACAAAUUGUACUGACUGAAAGUGUAAUUGUCGUGUUUGAAAACAGGGUGCUGAGCACUCAUUAAGUCCAGCCAGUGAGCCUGGCGUGAUAAAGGAUUGGCUUUUUCUGUGUCAGAAAUGAGAGUUUUCUUCAUUAUAGUUUCUGUAUUUGCUUUUUGUUAUUAUUUUUGCUUUCUUUAAAUGAUAAACAUCGGGUUUGCUUGGCAUUAUCAUUUGUAUAACAGUUAUUGUUGUUAUUUUUUUUUAAAUAAAUGAACUUUU